GAUUUCUCUGCCUCCCUCCCAUCCUCACCGCGAUGGCUGGCAUACUCAAGCUUUCCGCGACUCUGUCGCCGUUCCCGUAUGCAGCGGCAUCGAUUGCAACUUACACUGGCAAGGCCGAACUCGCCUUCGACGAGGGCGCAAGUCUUUCGCUCGAGCUCAAUGGAUCAACGAUCUCCGUAGAGGGCGAGAUCGUGCAAGCUCUUGCGAAGGAGAGUGGUCUCUCUGAUGAUAGUUCGAAAACGCAAGCGUACUUCGCUUUGGCGAAGUCCCUGCCCACCGUGACCGCGUUCCCACAAAUCGUCGCGGCACUCGAUUCUCUUGAUGACCAUCUUGCUUUCCGUACAUACCUGGUCGGUCAUGAUGUCUCCGCGGCAGACUGGAUCGUAUGGGGUGCACUGAAAGGAAGUGUGAAGGUCGUUGGACUCCUCAAGAAUAACAAGCACGUCCACCUCCUCCGGUGGUACACGCAACUGGAGUCCCUCGAGUCUACACAGCUCGUCCUCGCCAGCCUCGCCGAGGCCAAGUCAAACAAGGCGCGCUCUAACAAGACCGCCGCAUCCUUCGCUCUCGGGCUCGAGGGCGCGGAGAUGGGCAAGGUCGUGACGCGCUUCCCGCCCGAGCCGAGCGGCUACCUGCACAUCGGCCAUGCGAAGGCGGCGAUGCUCAACCAGUACUUUGCGCAGAUGUACAAGGGGAAGCUGCUCAUCCGCUUCGAUGACACAAACCCGACGAAGGAGCGCACGGAGUUCGAGGAGACGAUCUUGGAGGAUCUGGCGUUGCUGGAUAUCAAGGGAGAUGCUGUCUCGCAUACGUCCGAUUACUUCGACCAGCUAUAUGAACUUGCCAUCAAGAUAAUCAAGUCGGGCAAGGCAUAUGCCGACGACACUGAACAGGUGGAGAUGCGUCAGCAGCGCUUCGAUGGUAUCGCAUCUAGGCAUCGGGACGAUAGUGUCGAGGACAACCUCGCACACUUCGCUGAGAUGAAGACAGGCUCUCCGGAGGGCGUGCGCUGGUGCAUCCGCGCAAAAAUGAGCGUUGACAACCCGAACAAGGCUCUCAGGGACCCUGUCAUUUACCGGUGCAAUCUCCUUCCUCAUCAUCGCACAGGUGAUAAAUGGAAGAUCUACCCGACAUACGACUUCGCGUGCCCUAUCGUUGAUUCGCUUGAGGGAGUAACGCAUGCCCUCCGUACCAAUGAGUAUCGUGACCGCAACCCGCAGUACUUCUGGAUGAUCGAAGCCCUCGGCUUGCGUCCUGUGCGUAUCUGGGACUUUAGCCGUCUCAACUUCAUCUACACUCUCCUUUCCAAGCGCAAGCUCCACUGGUUCGUCGACCAGGGCUUCGUCCACGGAUGGGACGACCCGCGGUUCCCGACCGUUCGGGGUAUCCGCCGGCGUGGCUUGACUGUUGAGGCUCUUCGGCAGUUCAUGCUCGCACAGGGCCCCUCGCAGGCGAUCGUCUCGCUCGAGUGGGACUCGCUCUGGACGCUGAACAAGAAGAUCAUCGAUCAGGUUGCACCGCGGUUCUGGGCCAUUAACAAGACCGGCAUGGUGAAGGUCACCAUCAACGGCGGGCCGUCUGAGCCUGAGGUGAAGACGCUGCCGAAGCACAAAAAGAACCCCGAGGUGGGAGAGAAGAACACGGUCUUCUCGAGCAACGUCCUUGUCGAGCAGGAGGAUGCAGUGACCUUCGACGACAACGAGGAGAUCACUCUCAUGGACUGGGGCAAUGCCAUCGUGCGCUCCAAAACGAUUGAUGCCAACGGCGUGAUCACCGCACUGACGAUGGACCUCCACCUCUCCGGCGACUUCCGCAAGACCAAGAAGAAGAUCACCUGGCUCUCCGACCCCGUAGCACACCCGGCGCACGCGCUCGUGGACGCGACGCUGCUCGACUACGACUACCUGAUCACGAAGAAGAAGCUCGAGGACGAGGACGACGUGAAGGACUUCGUCACGCCGCUGAGCGAGUUCCGCCAGGAGGCGUGGGCGGACGCGAACGUGCUCUCCCUCAGCAAGGGGGAUAUCAUCCAGUUCGAGCGCAAGGGGUACUACAUAUAUGACGGCGUAUCGAAGGAGACGGGCAGCAGGGAGUUUAUAUGCAUCCCUGACGGGCGCGCGGCGAGCAUCGCGAGCAAGGCGGCGCCCGUGGCGAACGCGCCCGGGAAGGCGGCGAAGGAGGAGAAGGAGAUCGCGGAGAAGGGCGGCCGUGGCGCAGGUGCGGGUGUGAGUGGGGAGGCAGCGUUUGCAAUCCCGGUGGACACGAAGAUGUACAAGGUCGACCCGAUUUAUGGGCAAGGCGAGCUGGAGACACCUGCGGAUACGAAGAUGUACAAGGUGAAGAAUGUGUACGAGCCGUAGGGUCUGGAUUCGGAUGAGUCCGCGAAUAUAUAGCAGUAUCACGAGUAGUGUACGUGUACAUGUAUGAUGCUUGUGUCGCAAAUGGCACCCUCAGAUAGGUUACAGUAUGCACAACGCGGAUGAGAGAGGACAGACUAGUCGGUUCA